AUGAAGCCUUUCACUUCUUGGAUCGUCGCAGCUUUGGCUGCGCAGGCGGCUGGUGCUGCUCUGAGCCAUAAGUUGGAUGGCUUUACCAUCCGGGAGCAUGCGGAUCCUGCGAAACGGGCUCUUCUGCAGAAAUAUGUUACUUGGGACGAGCACUCGAUCUUCAUCAAUGGCGAGCGAUUGAUGAUUUUCAGCGGUGAAGUUCACCCGUAUCGUCUGCCCGUGGCCUCCCUAUACAUUGAUAUCUUUGAGAAGGUCAAGGCCCUCGGAUUCAAUUGCGUGUCGUUUUACAUCGACUGGGCUUUGUUGGAAGGAAACCCGGGUCACUACUCUGCCGAGGGAAUCUUUGACCUUCAGCCCUUCUUCGAUGCAGCCAAGGAGGCCGGUAUCUACUUGCUGGCCCGUCCUGGUCCUUAUAUCAAUGCUGAGGUCUCUGGUGGUGGCUUCCCUGGCUGGCUGCAGCGAGUCAAUGGCAUCCUGCGCACUAGCGAUGAGGACUACUUGAAGUCGACCGAUAACUACGCCUCCAACAUUGCUGCCACCAUUGCCAAGGCACAGAUCACCAAUGGUGGUCCGGUCAUUCUAUACCAGCCCGAGAACGAGUACUCCGGUGCUUGCUGUGGCUACGAUGACUUCCCGGACGGCUCCUACAUGCAAUACAUUGAGGAUCAUGCCCGUGAGGCUGGUAUCGUCGUCCCUUUCAUCAGCAACGAUGCUUGGGCCGCUGGCCACAAUGCCCCCGGAACUGGCGAGGGCGAGGUCGACAUUUACGGCCACGACAGCUAUCCUCUAGGCUUCGAUUGCGCCAAUCCGUCUACUUGGCCCAGUGGUAAUCUGCCCACUUACUUCUUCACCAGCCACGAAGAGCAGAGCCCUAGUACCCCGUACUCCCUGGUUGAGUUCCAAGGUGGCGCGUUCGACCCAUGGGGUGGAGUUGGUUUCGCAAAGUGUGCUGCUCUUUUGAACCACGAGUUCGAGAGAGUGUUCUACAAGAACGAUUUCAGCUUUGGUGUCGCCUUCCUGAACCUGUACAUGAUCUUCGGUGGUACCAACUGGGGUAACCUGGGCCACCCUGGUGGCUACACCUCUUAUGACUAUGGCUCCGCUAUCUCCGAGUCGCGUAACAUCACUCGUGAGAAGUACAGCGAGCUGAAGCUGCUCGGAAACUUUGCCAAAGUGUCUCCGGCUUAUCUUGUGGCUAACCCUGGGAACCUGACUACCUCCACGUAUACCAACACUGCCGAUCUGACUGUGACUCCUCUGCUUGGGAGCAACAGCUCUGCUUCCUCGUUCUUUGUGAUCCGACACUCCGAUUACUCUAGCCAGGCUUCAGUCGAUUACAAGCUCACCGUCCCCACCAGCUCUGGUAAACUGACAAUUCCUCAACUCGGUGGCAGCCUUACCCUUAGCGGUCGUGACUCUAAGAUUCACGUUACUGACUAUGACGUGGCCGGCACCAACAUCCUCUACUCUACUGCUGAGGUCUUCACCUGGAAGAAGUUCAACAAUGAGAAGGUCCUUGUUCUGUACGGUGGCCCUGGUGAGCACCAUGAGUUCGCAGUCUCUGGCGGAUCGACCAGCUCUGUUGUCGAGGGAUCUUCUUCGGGUAUUUCGUCCAAGAAGGUCGGCAAGGCACUUGUUGUCGCCUGGGAUGUCUCGACUACUCGUCGCAUCGUUCAGGUUGGAAACUUGAAGGUCUUCCUCCUUGACCGCAACUCUGCCUAUAACUACUGGGUGCCGCAGCUCCCCACUAAGGGCACAGCCCCCGGGUAUAGCAACGAGGAGACCACUGCCUCAUCCAUCAUUGUCAAGGCUGGCUAUCUCGUGCGCAGUGCGUACCUUGACGGUAGUAACCUGCACAUCCAGGCUGACUUCAACGCGACUACUCCGAUCGAGGUGGUUGGUGCUCCAUCUGGCGCCAAGAACCUGGUCAUCAACGGCAAGAAGACCCAAGCGAAGGUCGACAAGAACGGUAUUUGGUCAACUAGCGUUGCAUACACCGCACCCAAAGUUCAACUUCCUAGCCUCAAGAGCUUGAAGUGGAAGUCCAUCGAUACUCUCCCCGAAGUCCAGGACUCCUACGAUGACUCUGCCUGGGUUUCUGCCGACCAUGCCUACACCAACAACAGCGCCAACUCGCUUCAGACCCCGACUUCCCUGUUUUCAUCCGACUACGGCUUCCACACCGGUGCUCUACUCUUCCGAGGUCACUUCACCUCUAAUGGCAAGGAAAAGACCUUCUUCAUCGAGACCCAGGGAGGUACCGCAUACGGCCACUCGAUCUGGAUCAACGAGGACUAUCUUGGCUCCUGGGCUGGAAUCAGCGUUGACGCCAACUACAACGCCACCUACACCCUUCCCACUCUGCAGUCUGGAAAGGACUAUGUCCUCACGGUGGUCAUUGACAACAUGGGCCUGGACGAGGACUGGACCAUCGGUUCAGAGGAUAUGAAGAACCCCCGCGGUAUUCUCCGGUACUCCCUAUCCGGCCAAGAAGCUAGUGCCAUUUCCUGGAAAUUGACCGGUAACCUGGGCGGCGAGAACUACCGCGACACUACUCGCGGUCCUCUGAACGAGGGUGGCCUUUACGCCGAACGCCAGGGCUUCCACCAACCGCAGCCACCAACCCAGAAGUGGGACUCUAGCAGCCCAUUCACUGGUCUUACCAAGCCAGGAAUCCGCUUCUACAGUGCCAGCUUCGAUCUCGACUUGCCCUCCGGCUACGAUAUCCCAUUGUACUUCAACUUUGGUAAUAGCACCUCUACCCCGGCUGAUUACCGUGUGCAGUUGUAUGUGAACGGAUACCAGUACGGCAAGUAUGUGAACAACAUCGGUCCUCAGACUAGUUUCCCUGUUCCUGAGGGUAUCUUGAACUACCAUGGUACCAACUGGGUUGCGUUGAGUCUUUGGGCUCAGCAGGACUCUGGCGCUAAGCUGGAUAGCUUCGAGUUGAUCAACACUACUCCCGUGCUCACUUCGUUGGGCGAGGUUAAGUCCGUGGAUCAGCCGAAGUAUCAGGCUCGGAAGGGGGCUUAUUAG